UACUUGCUUCUUCUUAAUCAGGAUUUGCGUGGAAUAUAUUCAGCAAGAGAAUUUGUGUGGUGGUAUAAUGGGCACCCUGAUUGCUACAAUUUGGAGCCAGACUUAAAACACACAGAUACGGCUGUUAUAUUUGGUCAGGGCAAUGUUGCUCUUGAUGUUGCUCGUAUUCUUUUGAGACCUACAAUAGAAUUGUCAGCCACAGAUAUUUCCUCUCAUGCCUUAGAUGCCCUCCAAAAAAGCAGUAUAAGGAAAGUAUACUUGGUUGGAAGACGGGGCCCUGCUCAGGCAGCUUGCACUGCGAAGGAACUCCGUGAAAUUCUUGGUAUAGCUUGUUUGGUAUAG